AUGGCUCAAUACCAUAAGCACGUCCUAUGCUUCGUAUUAAGUACUCUAGCAGCUGCUUAUGGCAGCAUGGCAAUGGACUAUGUUGUGUCCAACAAUGCUGGAAACAGCAUUGGUGCUGCACGCUUUGACAAAGAAAUAGGUGCAGAAUAUGCCAAGCAAACACUCAGCUCUGCCGCUGAAUUCAUAGAGAGCCUGUUUCAGCAGAACAAUAAUAAUAAUAAUGCUGACAGCAAAAGUGUCCAAAAAGUAAGCAUGAUAGUUGAAAACAUUGAUGGGGUCGCAUUUGCUAGCAACAAUAACAUUCAUGUUAGUGCAGGCUACAUUGAAAGGUACCCUGGAGAUAUCAAAAAGGAGAUUACUGGGGUGUUGUAUCAUGAAAUGGCCCAUUUGUUGCAGAAUGAUGGAAUGGGUGAGGCUCCUUCAGGACUCAUUGAAGGCAUAGCUGAUUUUGUGAGGAUGAAGGCUGGAUAUGCAGCAGAAAACUGGAACCCUCCAUGUGUAGGGUAUGAUUGGUGCCAAGGAAACGAAGUCACAGCUCAUUUUUUGAACUAUUGUGAUGGUAUCAGAAAUGGGUUUGUGGCUGACUUGAACAAGAAGAUGAAGACUGGUUAUAGUGAGAGUUACUUUAGUGAGCUGCUAGGGAAGCCAGUUUCUCAGCUGUGGAGUGACUACAAAGCUAUGAAUAUGACCAACUAA